AUGUGAAUUGAAAAUUUAAAUGUGUUGCAAAUUAAAUUCAAGUGCUGCUGCUGGCACGACGAAUGACAACGACAAAAGCAAAUUGCAGAUCGCAAUAAAUUAAAACAAUAAAAGGCAUCGCGAGAAGAAACAAAAAACGAAGGAGAAGAAUCGAACGUGCGCUGAGGAGAAGGAGACUGACAAAAUCUACAUAAAUGUGGUCGCGAUCGCUGUGGUUGUUGUGCGCGAAAAGUUCUCGAUGCCAAAAAAUCAAGUGAUCAAAAAAACAAGACUGUAAAUCGAACAACAGAACAGAAAUACAGAAACAGAAACGGAAAAGACACACGAAAGGAAACAGAAACUGAAACAGAAACAGGAACAUCAAACGUAACAUUAAAAGAUGGUUGGCAAAGUCUUGGGACUGAAAGACUUGGAGCAGUUUAGCAGUCGUCGGAGCAGCGUCUACGUCGAUCCCGAGUGCGACAAAUUCUUCGAGUUGCCGCUCUUCAUAGCUGCCAGCUCGAAUGAUAUCACAACCAAAUGCCAGUGCUGGCAGCUCAGUCCAGGCAAAGAGCCGGCGCUGCGCUCCUACACGGAAAUCCAACAGCUGCUGCAGCAGGGCAAGAAGCGUGACGUUAAGAACAUACUCAGAGAGAACUCCUGGCCCAUCAACUCUCCCAUACGUGCCCAGCUAUGGCCCAUGCUGUGUGGCCAGCAUCUGACCAAGCAGCAAAUGCUCGAUGGGUUCUACUGGGAGAUGGUGCAUCAGGUCUUUGGCACCACCGAGCUGUCGGAGAAGCCGAUUAUGCUGCCCGCCUUUGUGGAUGCCACACACUGUUUGCCGUACCAUUUGACCAGCACGGGACGUGCCGUUGCCGAUCGCAUUGUGAAUGUCUUGGGCUAUGAUUGCCCCGAUAUUACCUACAGUCCAGUAUUGUAUCCCAUUACAUCGAUACUUUUGCAUUUCAUGUCGGAGGAGGAAGCUUACAUGUGCCUCGCCGGUUUGGUGGGCAGCAAGGAGAAGGUAUUCAUCAAUCAAACCAAACUACAGCAUGAGGUCACCUGGAAGACGGUGAUGCAGAUAGCCAAAAAGCACACGAAAAGUGCAAUUUCGUAUUUCCAACGUAUUUGUCCGGGCCUGAAGCUGGAGCGCGUAUUCAUGGACUGGUGCUGGUGGAUAUUAGCCGGUCUACCCUUCCAGCAUCUGGUGCGGAUUAUGGACUGUUAUUUCCACGAGGGCAUCAAGGUGCUGUACCGCGUGGCCCUCGUUGUGCUCAAUCUGUUCCACAAGGAGUGCCAGUCGAACAACGAAUGGAGUCCGGAUAAUAUUAAAAACGACAUUGGCAAUGCCCUGAUUAAAUUCUGCAAGAAAAUACCAGUGUCACCGGCGAAGCUGCUCCAUGCCGCGUUUAGUAUUAGGGGACUGAGUACCCAGUAUAUUUCUAGAAUAUUUAUCAAGACUGAAAUGCUACUAAAAAGCCGUUCCGUGCUCAAUAGCGGUUCGAAGCAAUUAAUCAAAUCGCGUUCAAGUGAUAAUCUGCCCACUAGUCAGUCGCAGGUGAACAUUCAAAUGAUGUCGCAUACAUUGACCAUCCGUGAGAAGCUGCACUCCGAGAGCUGUCGCAAUUUGGGCGAAAAGUCGCCCGGCCAUAGAGCCAUCGCAAUGGGCGUCUAUCCCAUACACAAUCUGAAAAGUCAAGUCUGUAAGAACGAAGAUCUGUUCACGUUGUGGUCGUGGCUGCCCGUGCGGAUAACAAUGUACCAACCGGUGCUGCUGUACACCACAGAGGAGCACGGCUGCUCGCUGACCACAUUCUAUGUGCGUGUGGAGCAGCACGAGCCCACGCUGCUCAUGAUCAAAACUUGCAAUAAUGAGGUAUUUGGCGCCUAUUGCUCGUCGCGCUGGUUUGAACGGAAUGUCAAGGAUGACAAGGGCCAGCGACAGGCCUACUUUGGCACCGGCGAAACCUUCCUCUUCUCUUUGUAUCCAGAGCGUGCCAAGUACCCCUGGGUGGGCAUUGAGGGUGACAAGGAUCUGGGACACAGUUCCGAGCUGUUUAUGGCCGCAGAUUCCAAAAUGAUUACCAUCGGUGGAGGUGAGGGCCAGGCCAUCUGGAUGGAUGAGAAUAUACGCUUUGGCAAAACGGAUGGUUGCAAGACCUUCAACAAUCCCCCGCUCUGUCCAUCCGGUGACUUUGAGAUACGCGUACUGGAGGUCUAUGGCUUUGUGGGCAUCUAAAGGAGACUCGGAAUGGGAAGCUCUGUUUCAAUCCAACCAAUAACGCCCGCCGAUGAUCAAGUGCUCAGCCAAAAACCAAAACCCUUUGUGCAACUCCACCACAAAAAACCACUCAAAAACCUAAAGAUUUCACAUACACAUGGCGGAAGAUGCUCCUAAAGAAGGAAGAUGAAACAAAUGUUUAAACAUUUAUAAACAAAAAAAAACUAUUUAUAAAUAGAUGUAACGAAAGUGGCAGCAAGCAGUGCAGCAAGCAGUGCAGCCUUCGUGUUAAUGUUAAAUGUUUCAAAUGAAUGAAGAUACAAAA